AAGAUGAUGACAAAAAUGAAAGAACCCCUGUUUCCCAAAACUAAAGGGUUUUUUCUUGUUCAUCAUCUACUUUUAUUGAUCACAGGAUUUAUGGUUUUAGCUUAUGCAGAACUGAAAGAGGUUUCGAGUUUUCAAACUUGUAGAAAUAACUCUGCAUUCUUCAUACUGGGGGAUUCUUCUGUUGAUUGCGGAGACAACACACUGUUUUACCCUCUCAUUCACAGUUACCUGUCCUUGUAUUCGUGUAAUGGUUCCGACGGCUCAACUCUUAUUCCCCAUCUUCUUGCUGAGAAGAUGGGCAUGCAAAACAUCUUACCAUUCUACAGCCAAAAUGGAUCCAUUAGUGGAAUACAAAGAGGCCUUAACUUCGGUUCAGCACACGCAACAAUCAUGAACCGAGGCAGCCAGAGUUAUCAGUCAGUGAACCAGCAGCUCCGCCAAGUUUUUGAUUCCAUGCAACUAUUACAACUCCAGCUUAGUGAGGGCAAAGCUCUCAGUUUCAUCAAAUCUUCCAUCUUCUACCUCUCCUUUGGAAAAGAUGACUUCAUAGAGCUCUUCCUACUCAAUGCCUCGAGUCCUGCAAACCAGAAUAGUACUGGUCAAGAAUUUGCGCACAUUUUAGCGGAUCAGAUGAUACAUGUUAUACGGAACCUUUAUGACAUGAACGUGAGGAGGAUCAUAUGCAUGGGGAUAUUGCCUUUGGGAUGCACUCCGCGGGUGUUACUGAACCAAACCAAUUCAGAGGCCCAUUCUAAUGAAGAAGAUGAUGAUGAUGAUGUUCCAAGGGGAUGUGUAGAGGAGAUCAAUGCGCAGGUCUUGGCGUACAACAGAGAGCUUCGUGAGCAGAUCUCCGAGCUUCAUGCAGAGUUGCCUGAUGCACAGCUUGUGUUUUGUGAUGUUUACCAAGGACUUACUAAGAUCAUAAACAACCCACAACAAUAUGGAUUUGAGGAUGCAAAAAGUGCUUGUUGUGGACUUGGUAUGUAUGGAGCGGAAAUUGGAUGCCUUUCUAAGGAUAUGGCGUGUGACAAAGAAGCCAGUCAUGUGUGGUGGGAUUUAUACAAUCCUACAAAGGCAGUGAACUCGUUACUGGCUGAUUCAGCCUGGUUGGGUUACCCUAUUCCGAUUUGUCGCCCUAUAAGCAUCCAGGACUUUUUUACUGCUACGGUUUGACAUUUUCAGUGUCAAAUCUCACCCGAAUGACACAAAUCGAAGUUACCACCUUCAUUGUUUCUCACUAUAGCA